UCGAUACUAGUACCAUUAGAUGUCAAUCAACAUAAACUCAAAUACAAAUAAAUUUUUGUUUUGCUCGAGUUAUUCAUACAAAUGAAAGCAAAAUCGUCUCAAAAGGUGAAAAAUAGAAAUUUUCUUGACACUACUUUUCAGUUGUUGCGAUGGAAAACACUUGCAAUUUUUGUGCUCUCCAAGAUCAGAGCGUUCGGGAGAUACAAAACAAUUUUACGCAAGAUCUGCCUAUGUUGGACAUAGUAGCAAAACAUUUUUGGUUCACGAAAGAUGAAUUGAUUUCUUUUAACAUUUGCGAUUCUUGUGCGAAGCAGCUACUGGAAUUCCAUCAGUUCUACAGUCAAGUUGAAAAGCUUUAUUUUGCUCAGGUGGACGAUAUAAAAGUGGAAUACGUCCCCUUAGAAACGGACACAAAUCACAUCGAACAAGAAUCCGUUGAUCUCAAAAUAGAGGCGGAAAUUUCUAAUGAAGCAAGCAUAGGGAUCGAAACGGUGGACGAUGUUGAAAUGGAAUGCGGACCAAGCGAAUCUAACACAGAUCAUAUUGAGCCCGAAUCCGUCGAUCCCGAAACAAAUGCAGAAGAUACUAAUGAAGAGUUCGUCGGAAUUGAAACUAAAGGCAAGAAGACGAAAAAAGCCCGUCGUCAGGAAAAGGAGGAACCACUGGUAACCGAUGAUGAAAUACGCAUCUUCUGCCGGAUGCAAUGUCACAUCUGUUCGGAAGAAUUCGAUUAUUACAGAUAUCUACAAGCACACUGUCAAAGAGAACACAAUCAAAGGUGUUACGUUAACUGCUGUGACUGUCGAUUUGAACAGUUGGGAAGGCUUCAGGAGCACAUUCUCGUUCAUAUUGACCCGACCCGGUUCCAGUGCAAACAGUGUAAGAAAAACUUGAAUACCAAGCGCAGUCUUCUUCGUCAUCAGGACACAGUUCAUCGGUCGGAAGACACCAUGAAAUACAAGUGCACGAUGUGUCCCAAAAAAUACGCCAAACUGUAUCUAUUAAAUAAACACAUGGCGUGUCACUUGGAUCCCACUCCGAGCGAUACCAAACCAAAAUGUCCGAUUUGUGAGAAACUAUUUAAGAACGAAAGUUGGUUGGAAGUUCAUGUGACACAAAAACAUGGGAUAACUACUUAACAUAGGCAAAUAAAUAAUGGCAGAGCCAAAUCAA